CGAAACAGCAGUGCUCCCUGUUCCUGCCUAGGACACAACCUCGACAGAAACGUUGUUGCUCCGUCAAAGCAAGCGGGGCGUCAAUGAGUUCAACGUCGCUCUGUUAGAAACUAUUCUGGUGUUAACGAAUCAGUAACGUCAAAGCAGAGGCUUCAUCGACUGAUAGCGCGCGCUCUGCUUUUUAUCGGCGUGAAAGCAACGCACGGGGAGGAGUGGCGGAUAUCGCCGGAGACCAUCGAGCGGCGGCCGCUGUGUUGUGAGUGCGUGUGUGGGAGUGCCUCUACGCCGGACCCUUCGGAGUGCCUCUGCUGCAGCAGCGACUGUGUUUACCGCUGAAGCUUACGGCGAACAUGAGCCUCAAAUUGUUGUGCAGCUUGUGGAGGAUGCCGUCAAAGUGGCUAAUAUUCUGCCUGGUCAUCUCGUCGCUGUCGGUCUUCUCGCAGGGCGAGACGCAGCCGAGCCUGGUGAUCAACCCAAUGGGAGAGAACAAGACCGAGCCCGCUGGCACAGGCUUCGUGCUCUUCUGCACCAAGGGUGCUGGUGAAGCAGACUUCACCGACUAUAAGUGGACGGGACCCAACGGUCGGGAGAUUACUGGUGAACAGAACAUACGAGUGGUGUCUACGGGUGACAGCUACAUUCUGUCCUUCGACAGCCCAUCUCCACAGGACAGUGGAUCUUACACAUGCAGCGCCCUCUAUGGAAGCACCAUUCCUCUUUCCGUCACUGUUCACAUCACCUUCUACCAUGACAUUACGUGGGAGGACUGCCCGCAGAGCCAACACCUGAUCCUGGGACAGCCAGGCAAGAUUCGAUGUCGUGUGCGAGGCAAUCCUGUGCCCCUGGUGAGCUGGCUCAAGGAUCGCGAGGAACUCGACCCCCAGCGUUACGAGGGCAAAGAGGACGGCAUCUUGGUGCCAGUUGCGCAGGACGUAGACCGUGGCACUUACGUAGUCUCUGCCAUGGUUUCCGUCACGGGAAAGUUCCAGAAGCGCAACAUCACCGUGGACGUCUACACACAACCCAAGAUCUCGCCCACGGUGCUUGACUCCAGCGAGCUUGUCGAGGGGUCUCCGGGCACUUUGAAGUGUUCUGCUGAAGGGUACCCACCGCCUCUCUAUUACUGGUUUGACCAGGCAAACCGAAACCUGAGCACAGUGAAUGGCUUUCAAGUGGAUGCCAAGGCUGGCCUUUUGCUGGUGACGAGUGUCAGAAGGGAAGACGAAGGAAAAUACCGCUGCCAAGCUGUCAACCCUGCUGGCACAGACAUUCGGGAAACAGCUGUGGCCAUUAUCGUGAAGCCUAGAAUUACGGAAUUCCAGAAUGCGACAGUGUCUGUUGGAGAAGAGGUGAAACUUGAAUGCCGUGCACAUGGAAAGCCCAUACCGGACAUGAAGAUCCGCCGGGACGGAAACGCUCACUUCCUUCUGGACCAGCAUUUCAAGUUUCAGGAGACCCAGAACGACCAGCAGGAAACGGUGUUGACGAUGACCGCGAUGAGUGCGACACGAGAGAUGGACGGCCUCUACUACUGCUCGGCGGAGAACAAGGCUGACAAGGUUGAGCGCGUCGGUCAUCUCACCGUGCAGUUCUCGCCGCAGGUGUUUGCCCGCGAGAACCCUGUGAAGACGUGGGGCCAGCGUCCGACUGUUCUGGAGUGCGUAGCGGAGGCCAUCCCUAACGCCACCCUGGCCUGGUUCUACCGGAAACAGCCGCUGCAGGAGCGCACGGGGCAGUACUUUAAGGUCGAGGGCAGCCGGGGAAGCAGCAAGCUGACCGUGGCGCCCACGUUUCCCGACCGCUUCGGCACGUAUGUCUGCGAAGCACAGAACUUCUUGGGCAAGGGCUCGGUUGACAUCCGGCUGGAAGAGGCACGCCUCCCCGGGGCUCUGCCCACUCCACGGGUCGAGUCGCUCACGCCGACCACCGUCACGUUUGCCUUUGUCCACGCUGCCGAUGACGGAGGCAUGCCCACCACCAAGAUCAUCAUCAAAUACUGGAAAGAUGGCGAUCCCGAAGAGCGGGCCAAGGUCCAGGAGUGGAGUGACAUGGACCGAGCGGACACAGUGACUGUGGAUGGGCUGGAACCAAAGCACAAAUACUGGUUCCGCUUUGCGGCCCACAGUGCAGUUGGCACGGGCCCCUACUCUGAGAGCCUGUCUCGAGAGACGCCGCCAGAGAUGGCACCCGGCCCGCCAAUUGUACUGAGGAGCAACGAGAACAGCAUGUACCCCAACAAGUACGAGAUCCGGUGGGCCAUGCCACGUGACAAUGGCCGCCCCGUUCGUCAUUUCCGCGUCACCUACUUCAAGGUGGAUAAGCGGCCAGGCAACAACUUUGUGCGUGCCGAAGAUCCCAAGGUGAUCCAGGUGAACGAGUGGCACAAUGUUCCUCGGGUGGAACUGCAAGGCCUCAGUCCCGAAAGCUACUACCGAGCCGAAAUCGAGGCCUACAACGACAUCGGCUACAGCGAGCCUGAGAGUUUGGUCUUUCACACUGCCCGAGCGCAAAAACUUCCGACAACUAACACAAGAGACGAGGACGAGCGCAGGGGCGAGGUGCCCCUUGAGGAGCAAAGCGGGCAGCUGAACCGUCUGGGCCUCCCGCUCACCACAAUCAUCAUCAUUGUUGUGGCCACAGUACUGCUAGUGCUGCUGCUGCUCGACGUGGUCUGCUACCUGCGCUUCCACUGGGGCUUCCUCUACUGCCUGCGCCACUCUUGCGGAAAAGGGCACGCACCUGCCAAGCCAGUUGCGGACGAUGCCAAGAGCAGCAGCCCUCCCACAUUGACCGAAGCAGCUGAUGGUGGGAAGACCAAGAACAAGGAAUUGUUGAGCUCACCUGAUGAGAAGAUGAAAGAUGCGGCUGAAGACACGCCCAUGAUUGACACCAAAGGGCUUACGGAUGGCAAACAACAUGACUUGAAAUUUGAGCCUGCUGACAAGAACCAUGCUGCAAAAGGGUGCAUUGCCAAAGACAGCAUGGUCUGACGCCGGGAGGCCGACUCCCCCAUCCUGGAGUGGGACGUGCCCUGCCUGCUGGCAUUCUCAGCUGAGCAAGCUGAACAGUGUUUGACCACUUGAUGAUGUGUACAUUUCAUUUCCUUGGUCCUUCAUGUUGUGCACAGCUCAUAAGUUUGUGCAGUGAAGCAUAUGAGUGAAUUUUACUUCUUGCUCCUCAAAUCUGUUUGACUACUACUCACGGGCUUCACUGUACUAGCAUUGUUGUAAUUAUUUGUUUAUAUUAUCGUUCAUGAUCACUAAGUUGCCUUUGUCUUCAGGGAAUAGGACACAUGCACCGUGAGUGGACUGUGCAGUGGUUUGUGUGUGUACACGUUACAGGCACAUUGAGCUUAAAUGUGUGAAGCAUGGCUCAGUGCAAGUUAUUUAUUUUUUUGGAGAAGUUCUUACUGCAAAUCGUGCAAGUUUUUGAAGGCAGACUACACACAUUAAUGUUGGACUGUACUACUGCUUGCUUUUUUCUUCCAUGUUGUUUUACCAAAACAAUGCUGUACUUUAGCAUAUGGAAGACAUUGACUUAUUCUUGCUAUUCUGGCAUCUUCUGUUGCUAUCCCGGAGGUGUAUAAGAGUGAUCACAUCGAACCAUUCCAUGUAAACUACUUAUUUAGAGUAUUUUAUUGUUUUAAGGUUUUAUCAUGCACAAGGCCUUCUCUCGUGUUGCCUCUCUCCCCUUUUUUUAGCUGAGAGCAGCUGGUUUUCUUUACACUUGCAUAUAGUGAAUAUAUACAUAUAUAUAUAUAUAUAUACAUAUAUAUAUAGUAAAUAUUUUUAAAAUGUGAUUUCAUUCUGGGGAGUGAAAGAAACCGAUCUCUUUUCUAGUUUCAUGAAUCUCCUGGCAUUCUCACUUUCUUGGGUUCCCAGUUCCUUCCUUUUUAUUUCUCUCUCUCCAGUAUAGGGACUGAGCUUGUCUCACGGUCUUUAGUAAUCAAAAUGUGUGUGUGUGUGUGUGCGUGUCCACUCGUGUAAGCAUGCUUGUGCAACUCUUUGUAAAAAGCAUUUCUGCCUCCUGUCCACUCGAGAUGUCAUACCAUGGUGCAUGCCAUUGGAGCUUACAUUACUGGAUGGACAGAGACCAGCAUUUCUACACAUUUUGAAACAACUAAUUGUGGCUCUAAUGACCAGAAGCCAAAAAGUCCGAGCUUUUCAAAGUGUAGUUUUGACUCAGCCUGAAGGUCUGUGGACUGUGCCAUUGCUGCCAACUUCGAAUGGAUAAUGGCUAGCCAUUUGUAUCUGUCCUGCAGGUUGUUUUUAUACAAAUUGGUUGAUAAAAAGAAAUACUGUUGCUGUGUUGUAACAACGGUGCUGUUAAAAGGAAGUUGAAAGCUGACAUGCCGUGUUAUUCUUGCACGCUAAUGUGCAGUGUGCAUAAGCACUGUGCUAUGUUGAAGAUCAAGUGGAGGAGUGGCCUUUGUCAUCGCAGCGCUUCAAGUUACAGCAAACCGGUCUUUGCCCAGAAAAAACUGGCGUUAAAUUCUCUCAAUUGCUUCCUGACCUGCUUGUUCGACAGUGUAACAUUUUAAGCCUGCAUCAUUACUUCCGACCACAGACGUGAUAAAAGGUGAGCGGGAUAAUCCUAUAUGCCACAUAUUGUGGUGUGUCGAAGGUGCUUUGAAUGGGAAUCGCUCUUCAAACUCGCUCAAACCUGACUCUCUCUAGCUGGCACUUGUUCAGGGGUGGGUACUUCAGCGUUAUUGUUAACAUGCACUGGUAGGAGUUUAUUUUACAUUGAGGCAUCUGCUAAAAAGGACUGUUACCACUGUUUGUUCUUUAUAGCUUGUGCAAUGUAGCAGAUUUGCACUAGAUCGUAUCAGUCUCGUUGACUUCUGUAUUCGCUAGUUCAAGUCCAUAAAAAUCGAAUUGUGGAAGCUUGGGCUUUUUAAUAUUUUUAGUACGUUCUUCAGCAACAAUAAUUUUCUGCAUCAGGCAUCUCAAAUACAGUGGCCUAAUGGCCACUCAGUUUGAAAUGCAUCUAUAUGAAAAAUAUGAUGUGUGCGCUAAGCAAGCUGUUCUGUGCAUCGACCAAGUAUUAUACUGUACUCGUGCUCUUUAUCUGUCCAUCUAUAUUUUACUGAUGCUGCCUACGUAUGUGCCUAGAGGGUCACUAGAAAUAUCAAUUAUCGUACUGGCGCAGUUGACCUGAGCCUGAUAUACAGAGCAGUGUGUAUGUGGAAAGCAACAAAGCAAAAUAAAUUUACAAAUAACAGCUUAGGCAUAACUGGAAGCAAAAAGAGGUAAUGCCAUUUCACACUUAGCAUAAUGACAUUUUGUUCAUUGUUCUGCAUAGUGUGUCAAAGUACAACUUGUUGGACUCCGAAAAUGACUCCCAUGGCAGCCACUGUUUGUCUGUGCUCGUCUUCCGUUUUGUGGAGCACGGCAGGUUCUUCGACGUUAGUGCAGAAGUCAACGAGAAUGGCUGCUCACCGUCCUAGUAUUCAGUUGCAGCUGUGGUGGAUUUUAGUAUUCUGUUUAAAAGUGUGCCGCAAUUUUAAUCUGUAUUCAAGUGCAUUUUAACACCCAUCCACUGAGUAGGGCUUUCUUCAUAACCAAACUUCUCUUUGAAUACAACAGUUUUUGCUUUCUCUGGAAUGGAACAACAGUUGAAUCAUUUUUUUUUUAUUUCAUCUGCACGCUACAAGCUUUGUAGGUUGCAUAUUGGCUGUGUAUUUUUGGCGCCAUGUGCCAAAUGGUCGUAGUAACAAGUUUUGAAUGGUUGUGUGAUGAACCAUGAAGGUGUGUUUAUGUAAGUGUACAGCCCAUAAGAUCAAAAAGUUCUGGUUGGUUAUGAAUGGCACUCGUUUUCUGAGUGUGUGUGUGUGUGUGUACAUAUAUAUAUAUAUAUAUACAUACAUACAUACAUACAUACAUACAUGCAUAUAUACACGUUUGCACUGUAGCUCUUGGACAGUGUUUCAUCUCGUUUCAUUAAAGGUUGUAAAGUUUCUAAGGUCUGCAGCUGGAAUGUGGUCUGUGAAGUGUGUGCAUUAAUAAAGUUGAUUCCUAAGAAGUGG